AUGGGAGAGUACACAGAGCCCACCGCAUUCGAGAUCCCCGCAGAGGAGUCUAACUAUCUCCAAAAUGAGACCAAGGUAGAUACCUGCUAUUUCCCCCUCCUAACCAAUGGUGUUAUUAUAGAACAAGAUGCUUCCCGCAAGGGACUAGAUAUGAACCGCUAUGUCACACCGAUUGACCUCGGACGACUUAGCAGCAGCGGAGAGCUUCGUGCCUUCUGCGCCAAACAUAAUUUUGACGCCCCGGCACUCUUCCAAUUUGCAUGGAGUGUAGUUCUUGCGAGUUAUAUCGGUACGCAAAAUGUGAACUUCAUUGCGGUGAAGUCUCAGAAAGAAAAAAUCGAAGUUGGAAUUUGCGAAGUCGAACUUGAUGAUGGAGCCUCAACAAUCGAGGCUUUAAAGAAUGUCGAGGAAAAGAUGAAAGGGAGCUACUCGACACAACACAGAACGCCCCUUUCGGAGCUACAAAUGCUAAUGACAGCAGAAGGACGCCCAGCGUUCAACAGCGUUGUGGUUUUCCAAGAAUUAGACGAAAGGUUGUCUAGAACAGCCGCCCGAGAAGAACGUCUCGAAGGUGAUUUCAUGUGUAUUACCGUCAGAGAGACUUUAUCGCGAGUCGAAGUCGAACUCGCCUACCCAAGCUCCCUUCUUCCCACAGCACAAGCACAAAAUGUCGCUUCGACAUUCAGCCAAGCUUUGAUGGAAAUUGUUGAGCAACCACUGAACAAGGUUGGAGAAAUUGAUUUGGUUGGCCUAGCUCACUUGGCACAAAUCUGGAGAUGGAACAAGGAGAUGCCCAGGGCGAUCUCCAAACGCGUCAAUGAUCUUAUUGAAGCACAGGCCAAACUCCGGCCAGAAGCUCAGGCCGUUGUAGCCGAGGACGGAGAACUUUCAUACGGCAUGCUCAGCAACCUUUCCACAAGACUGGCUCACCACCUCGUUGGACUCGGUGUCGGCCCAGAGAAUGUUGUUCCCCUUAGCUUCGAGAAGUCGAAGUGGGCGAUCGUAGCUAUGCUCGGUGUGAUCAAGGCAGGAGCUGCGAUUGUGAACUUGGAUGCCCAGCAACCGAUGGCGCGGUUGAAUGGGUUGAUGGACAAAUUGAAGGCUACCUUGGUCCUCACAUCACAGAGGUAUGGGAAGCUAUGGGAGGAUCGGAUGAUGGUCUUUGUUGUCGACCAAGAGAACAUCAUAAAUUUGGCCCACCACGCCGAGCCACCUGUCACUACCGCCACCCCAAACAACAUCCUAUAUGUGAUCUUCACUUCGGGGAGUACCGGGACUCCAAAGGGUUGUGUGAUUGAGCAUGAAUCCUUUCUCACUGCGGCCGCAGCUCACGUUAAGGCCUCAAACAUGACCAACAAAAGCCGUGUUUUCCAAGGUACACCAUAUACGUUUGACGUCAGUAUGCUUGAAAUCUUUACUGCGUUGAGCGUUGGAGCGUGUGUAUGUUCUUGUGGAGAUGAGAUGGCGAAGGGUGGUAUUGCAAACGUUAUUAACAAGCUUGGCAUUACCUGGACCUUUAUGACGCCGUCUUUGGUACGGUUGAUAGAGCCCGCAGAUGUUCCGGGCUUGGAGACGCUAGCUUUAGGCGGAGAACCGCUCUCAACCGGCGAUGUUCGAGUUUGGGCGGAUCGUCUGCACCUGGUCAAUGGCUAUGGGCCGACUGAAACAUCAGUUGCCGCCACGAUAAAUGCGCCCCUUAGCCUUGAGACAGAUCCUGCAAAUAUCGGCCGUGGCGUGGGAUCGCUUUGCUGGAUUGUCAAGGCUGACGAUCACAAUACACUUGUGCCCAUCGGCGCGGUUGGCGAGUUGAUUGUCCAAGGACCAAUCGUUGCUAGGGGCUAUUUCCAAAGCCCGGAGAAGACCCAGGAGGUAUUCAUUGAGGAUCCUCCUACCUUCGCCGAAAAACUGCCUGGAUUGGCGCCAAUGAGACUUUACAAGACUGGAGAUCUCGUCCGCUAUAACAGCGAUGGUACAAUUCAAUUUAUUGGUCGGAAGGAUAAGCAAGUCAAGUUGAGAGGACAACGCUUGGAGCUUGGAGAGAUAGAAAGUCAUUUAUCUCUUGACAGUCACGUCCGCCACGCGCUCGUUGUCCUUCCUAAGACCGGUCGUUGCAAAGAACGCUUGGUGGCUGUUCUUUCUCUCCACGAUUUCCCCGUCACCUCAUCCGACCCCUCGGAUAUUAGGCUUGUUAAGCAAGAGUAUAAGGAUCAAUCCAGAAUCCUUGCUUCUCAGAUUCGCGAGAGUAUCAGUCUUCACCUCACUAAAUAUAUGGUUCCUACUGUAUGGGCAAUCCUCGAAUCACUUCCCCUGACAACUUCCGGUAAAAUCAAUGGACGGGCGGUGACCCAGUGGUUGGAAAACGUGUCCGGAGACGUAUAUAACGAGAUCGCAGAUGUUGCGGCGCUGGACGUUGAUGAGACGCCUACCUCCGAUAUGGAGAAAAUGCUGCAAAACAUCUGGAGCGAGGUGCUGAAUAUCCCAACAAGCGAGAUUGGUUUGAAUCGAUCAUUCCUUAGCAUCGGCGGCGAUUCUAUAUCAGCGAUGAAGAUGGUUUCUCGCUGCCGCAAUCAACAUAUCGAUAUUGCGGUUAAGGACAUUUUCUUGAGUAAGGGCUUGUCCGAGCUAGCUACUCGAGUAAAAUUGUCUGAUGCUCCUCUUGUUCAACAACAAGAGUAUGACACCUCCUCUGAGCUUUCAGCUUCUCAAAGAAUCGCCACCAUCGGCCAAGACGUGCUUUCAGAACUCGGCUUGCUCAGCACUUCUCAAGUCGAGGACGCAUUUAUUUGCUCACCUAUGCAGGAGAGCAUCGUCCUCACCCGGGCAAGGUUUCCCGGCACUUAUGAGAUUAAGAAAGUUAUUGUGUUGGAAUCCCAGGACUCUGCGAUACUGAACGCUCAGCACAUUCGAAGUGCUUGGCAGAAGGUUGUCGAUCGACAUCAAUCACUACGAGCUGUGAUUGUCAAUGCAAUUGCUGGUAUCCCUGGCGAUGCAGUCUUCCACCAAGUCGUAUUGAAGCAAUACGAUGCAGAAGUUGUCCAAGUCCAGUACAAUGGAGACGCUACUCCUUCUAGUAUUUCCACUUAUCUCAGGAGUCUUGCCCCACCGGCAUAUGGCUCAUCUAAACCUGAGCAUAGACUCACUAUUUGCAACGUGGCCGGUAACAGAUCCUAUCUCAUGAUCGACGUCAGCCACGCAGUUGUUGAUGGUAUCUCUGCGGAAGCGAUACUUCAAGAUCUUGCACUUGCCCUCGAAGGUAGCCUUCCGUCUGGUUCAGGCCCACUCCAUGGCGACUACAUCUCCCACAUCCAAAGGCUACCGGAAAGCGAAUCCAUUGAGUAUUGGAAAACCACCCUUGGUUCCAUGCAACCUUGCAUUGUACCCAUGUACAAUGGCGACAAGAAGUCUGCAAAGCAAGCUCGAUCAAUGAAGGUAGCCUUCUCCCAAUGGGACGAACUUGUCCGAUUCUCAGAGGCAAAUGGUGUUACAAUAUCCAACGUUGUGCAAACUGCAUGGGCGUUAACUCUGAGAGCCUAUACCGGAUCGAAUGAAGUUCUCUUUGGUUAUAUGGCCUCAGGGAGAGAUUUGCCAGUUCCGGGAAUCGAAAGUGCGGUUGGUGUAUACCUAACCAUGGUUGUUUGCCAUCUCGCAUUCAAUGAAGCAGCUACGCCUGCCGAGAUGGCCCAAUUAGCACAAGAACAUUAUGUCUCUGGCCAUCCUCACCAGUAUACCCCACUAGGAAAGAUCCAGCACGCCAUGAACACGCAAGGAAUGCCAUUGUUUAACACGAUAAUGUCCUUCUACAAACCUGCAACGAAUGCAGGCGGGGAUAUUGUCUCACUUACAGCAAUUGAUGAGGUUGAUCCUUGCGAGUUUGAUAUUGCCGUUGGUGCUUAUCUGAGUGACAACGACCUGAAUAUCUCUCUUGGUUAUUGGUCAUCCGUUAUCUCUGAUGGCGAAAUGGCAAACAUUGCGAACACAUUCAGCGGGGCGAUUUCUGCAAUGCUAAGAGGCAGCCAGACCAUCGAAGAGCUUGAUCUGUUUAACGAGCGUGACCGAAGUCAAGUAUGGACCUGGAACAAGCAGGAACCUUUGGCAAUUGAGGGUGUUGUCCACGACUACUUCCACGAGCAAGUCCUCGCACAACCUGAUGCACCUGCAGUAUUCUCUUGGGAUGGAGAAUUCACCUACCGUGAACUUGAUCAAUUUUCCAACCGUCUGGCCUUUUAUCUUUCCUACCGCGGUGUCGGUCCUGAGAUACUUGUCCCACAUUGCUUUGAUAAGUCAAAAUGGGCAACAGUGGUUAUGGUUGCUAUCAUGAAGGCCGGAGGAGCAGGAGUUGGCUUGAGUCCUGCUCACCCUGUGUCGCGUCUCAGCUCCAUCAUUGAGAACUGCGAUGCUAAGGUCACUAUAGUGGCGCCACAGCAUGCUCAUCUCUUCGAAGAAAUCAACACCUCUACCAUCAUCGUGGACCGUCAAUUUAUUCAAAGCCUCCCUGGUGUUGUUGAAGGUUCGCGUCUACCCAAGGUACACCCUUCAAACCCUGCCUUUGUGUCAUUCACUUCGGGUAGUACCGGAAAGCCAAAAGGAAUUGUCCUCGAGCACCGCUCUCUGAUUACAAGCAUCCAAGCUCACGGAUCAGAAUGGGGUAUUGGUCCUGGAAGCCGUGUCAUCCAAUUUUCCGCUUACGCCUUCGAUGCUGCUGUCUCAGAUACCUUUACCACGCUUUCCAGAGGUGGCUGCGUAUGCAUACCGUCCGAACAUGAUCGGACCAACGACUUGGCCGCAGCAAUGACCCAUAUGGAAGUCAAUUGGGCAUUCUUGACUCCAAGGGUCCUGGGCACACUGUCGCCUGCUACUGUACCAUUCCUGAAAACAGUUGUAUUGGGCGGGGAGGCUAUCUCGUCGGAGGAUAUCGAUCCUUGGACCGCUGAUAUCUCCCUGAGAAUUGUCUACGGACCCACAGAAUGUACCAUUUUCAGCAUGGGCACUGAUCCAUUGACCCCAGCAAGUGAUCCAACCGGCUUGGGUCACGGUGUAGGAACCAGAGUCUGGAUUACCGACAGCAAGAACACCGACAAGCUUGCUCCUGUUGGGUGCAUUGGAGAAAUGCUAAUCGAAGGUCCCCUCGUCACUCGGGGAUACUUGAACGACCCAGAAAGAACUAAGAUCUCUUAUAUUGGAAAUCCCAAGUGGAUGCCCGUGGAUGCCAAUACACCACCACGCCGCUUCUACAAGACUGGCGAUUUGGUCCGUUAUCUGCCUGAUGGAGAUAUGAUGUUCAUCGGACGUAAAGAUACCCAGGUGAAGAUUCGAGGUCAGAGAGUCGAACUUGGCGAAAUCGAACAUGCAAUCCUGCAGAACUUAGAUUCUGUGAUCCAUGUGACUGUAGACUCAGUCGUCUUCCCGGCGUCCGGGCAAGCCAUAGUUGCCUUCAUCCACAUCGAAGACUUAUCGGAAGGCAAAUCAAGAUCGAAUGAUUUGGUUGUGCCCCUCGAUCAAGAUCUGACACUCAAACUCCGCCAGCUCGAAAAAGCCUUGAUGGACAGUCUUCCAACCUACUUCGUCCCAUCACUCUUCGUGCCGAUUAGAUUCGUUCCGAUGACGAUAUCUGGCAAGGUUGAUCGCAUCCAGCUUCGACAGAAUGCCAUCAAGUUCACCACUGCUGAAUUUGAGAUGUAUUCUUUAGCCAAUCAGCAUAAGAGAGCUCCAGCUACAGAGAUGGAGAGUAAGCUGCAGCAACUGUGGGCAGAAGUUCUAAAGAGGGAUUUAGAAGCCAUCGGAGCAGAUGACAACUUCUUCAGACUGGGUGGUGAUUCUAUCGUUGCCAUGAAGCUGGUCAAUGUUGCCCGAGCUGCUGGAUUUACUCUUGGCGUUGCUGAUAUUUUCCAAUCUCCUGAGCUGUCGAAGAUGGCCGAGUUCUUGGAAACCUCCGAACCUAAAGAUGGAACGACAACAACCGAGGCGCCAGCUCCCUUCCAGCUUCUUUCGGAUGUCUCAGACGUCGAUGCUCUACUCAGCGAAGUCUCGGAUCAGUACCAGAUUCCAAAAGCCCAUAUUCAUGACAUCUAUCCUUGUACACCACUUCAAGAGGCCCUUGUUGCGAUAUCAACCACACAGCUUGGAGCAUACGUCGCUCAAAAUGCCUUCCACUUGCCCGCCGACAUGGAUGUCGAGCUUUUCAAGGACGCGUGGCAGACGAUGGUUGACACUCACUCUAUUUUGAGGACGAGAGUCAUCUCACCUGUUUCGACUCGGUUCCUUCAGGUUGUGCUACAUCAGCAGAAAAUUUCAUGGCAAGAAGCCUCGUCUCUCGAUGCAUAUCUUGCACAGGACAAGAAGCGCCCAAUCGUCUACGGUGGCGAGUUGACCCGAUAUGGCCUUGUCAAGGAUGAGAAGACCGGACGGUUGUCAUUUGUUUGGACCGUGCAUCAUGCUGUGUAUGAUGGAUGGUCUGUGCCUUUGGUACUCGAGCAGGUCGGCCUGAUCUAUAACGAGGGAAUAACUCCCACGGAAGCGCCUUUCAACCAAUUCAUCAAGCAUCUUGAAAAUACUAGUGUCGAGGACUCCAACAAUUUCUGGCGUUCACAACUUUCCGGUGAGACUCCAGCCAGUUUCCCGAGACUUCCAAACGCAGCCUACCAGCCCCGUACAAACCAAACUCAGACGCUUCGGGUGGACGUCUCUGCGAAGUCCGAUUCGGAUAUCACAUUGGCCAUCGUUCUCCGUGCUGCCUGGGCAAUUGUUGUUGCUCGCUAUGCUGAGUCUAACGACGUCGUCCUUGGCCUUACAUUAUCUGGUCGGGAUCUAUCUGUUCCAGGUAUUCAACAAACACUCGGCCCCACAAUCACGACAGUUCCCCUGAAGAUGCAUAUUGACUCCGAGCAAACGAUUGCAAACUACCUCAAGGAUACUCAAAAACAAUCCAUUGAUAUGAUGCCAUAUCAACAUACUGGUCUGCAAAAAAUCAAACGUGUUAAUGCGGAGGCCAUGGAUGCCGCUAACUUCAAGAAUCUGUUCGUUGUUCAACCACAACCUGGAGAUAUGGUCGACUUCCUCGGAUUAGAAGAAGUGAAAAUUGAUACCCUUGGUUUCGACACCUACGCUUUGUUGGUGGAGUGUAACUAUAAGGAUAACAAGGUGGAUAUCAAGGCCAGCUAUGACGACAAUAUCCUGCCAAGCGAUCAAGUUUAUAGGCUUCUCAAUCAAUUUGAGAAAGUGAUACUCCAAAUCAACGAGCAAUCAGCAACCACAACCCUUGGCCAAAUCGACCUUUUCAGUGCACAAGACAGGAAGCAGGUCUGGGCUUGGAACUCCGUUGCCCCAACGUCGACUGAUGAGUGUGUUCAUAAUCUCAUCCGUCAACAAGUCAUGAGCCAUCCCCAAGCUAUGGCUGUUGAAUCUUGGGAUGGUAAUGUGACCUAUCAAGAGUUGGAUGAUCUUUCCUCGAAAAUGGCCUAUUUCCUCCGCACGACUUUGGGAGUCAAGCCUGAGGUCCUGGUUCCGAUGUGCUUUGAUAAAUCGGUUUGGACCGUGGUCACCAUGAUCUCAGUUGUCAAGGCUGGCGGGGCUUGUGUCAUGUUGAAUCCGGAACAUCCAGUUACCCGUCUAGGAGCACUCCUUUCGGACAUUGAUUCCCAUGUCCUUCUUGCUGCGCCACAGAACCUGCAUCUCUUCGAAACUCUUCCAUGGACUGCUACUUCCGUUGAAGGUACAUUCCUCAAGAAUCUUCCACCUGUUGCACCUGACCAGUUGUCUCAACUCCAAGUGGCCCCAACUAACCCUGCUGUCAUUAUCUUUACUUCCGGCAGUACAGGAAAGCCAAAGGGUAUUAUUGUUCAACAUAAUGCUCUCUGUACAGUCGCGACCCAGCAUGGAGAGGGUCUUGGAUUCGGAGGAGUGGGCUCCCGAGUGCUUCAAUUCGCCAAUUACACCUUCGAUGUUAGCGUUGGCGAAAUAUUCAUCACGUUAAUGCACGGAGGAACCAUCUGCAUCGCGACUGAAUAUGACAGAAUAAACAACUUGGCUGGCGUGAUUAGGUCCAUGGAGAUUGAUUGGACUUUCAUGACACCAACCGUUGCUGCUCUGUUAGAUCCGAAAGAUGUGCCAAACCUGAAGACCCUUGUCCUUGGUGGAGAGGCAGUCUCCCAAAGCUUAGUUGAUCGGUGGUCCCCACACUUAACUAUGAUUGACUCAUACGGACCAGCUGAGAGUACUAUCUGGACAUCCCAUGCAAUGCCUGGCCCAAAUGUCGCACCAUCUAACAUUGGAUUCGGCGUUGGCUGUCGAUUAUGGGUCGUUGAGAGUUCAGACCACAACAGGCUGACACCUGUGGGCUGUGUCGGAGAACUCUUAAUUGAAGGUCCUGUUGUAUCUAGAGGAUACUUAAAGGAACCCGAGAAAACCAAAGCCGCCUUUAUCGAGAACCCAGCGUGGAUGCAGCAAUUCGCCUCUGGCCCUCAUCGCUUUUACAAGACUGGUGAUUUAGUCCGAUACAAUUCCGAUGGCUCCCUCACUAUUGCCGGACGUAUCGAUAGUCAAGUUAAAUUCCACGGUCAGCGAAUCGAGCUAGGCGAGAUCGAAUUCCAUAUUAGGGCCCGACCUGAGAUCGAAGCCGGCAUGGUUGCUAUGCCGAAAACCGGGCUUUGCAACUCCAAGCUCGUUGCGGUUAUAGCUAUCACAGAAUUCGAGCCGCUAGCUCUCGAAGGUGAUGCUGUUGCACUUGUUAAACCCAACUUCAAGGAAAGAGCUCAAGCCAUCGUCAGUGACAUCCGAGAUGGGCUGUCUGAUCUCCUUCCACCUUAUAUGGUGCCCACUGUCUGGAUGGUUUUGGACGCCAUUCCUCUCACAGCAUCGCGAAAGAUCAACAGAGUGCCGAUAAAUAAAUGGAUUCGAGAAGUUAGCAAAGAAGAUUACCUCGAGAUUGUUGACGUCACCGCCAGCAAGAAUGAGCAACCAACCACCUCGAUGGAGAAGCAACUCACUGACGUGUGGAGUCAUAUCCUGGAUAUCCCAGCCGACAAUAUUGGUGCCAACCGAUCCUUCCUCAGUCUUGGAGGUGACUCGAUCACUGCUAUGCAAGUGGUAUCCCGAUGCCGAACCAUGAAAAUUCAACUGAGUGUCGAAGACAUCUUGAAGAGCAAGUCCCUGGCAGAACUCGCAUCGCGGGCAAAAUCGUUGCUAGGUCCAUCCAUCUCCAAGGAUGAAGAUUUCGAUACUCCCUUCCAGCUUUCUCCUGUCCAACAGCUCUACUUCAACGAUGUUGUUCCACGUGAUGGUUCAACGAAGAAGGGGGUUCACUACAAUCAAAAUGUUCUCGCUCGUUUCACUCGCCAUGUCAACGCCGCCGACGUUGCUCAAGCAAUCACCACGAUUGUUAAGCAUCAUUCUAUGCUGCGUGCAUCCUUCAAGAAAGACAAUACUGGCCAGUGGAUGCAGACUGUUAGUCGCGAUAUCUCCGGAUCUCAUGUGUUCGAGAGUCAUGGCAGGACAAGCCGUGAGAGAAUGGUCUCAGUGGUAAACAAUCGCCAGGCUGGCAUGGAUAUCCAGAAUGGUCCAAUCUUCGCGGUUGAUCUCUUUGACAUGGCAGAUGGCGGCCAAUUGAUUUCGCUCUGCGCCCAUCACUUGGUGAUCGACUUGGUGUCCUGGCGAAUCAUCCUCCAGAAUCUUGAGGAACUGCUUGAGUCAAAGUCCAUGAGCAUCGAGACACCCGUGCCUUUCCAGACCUUGAAUCGUUUGCAAAUAGAGAGGUCGAAGGAUCUUAUCCCCAGCACAGCGCUUCCUGUCCAGCUUCCUCCAGCAGACCUCAAAUAUUGGGGAAUGUCUGAAAUGCCUUCCUGGAACGAUGUCGAAGAGAUAAAUUUCGCAUCUAGCGAGGAGACGACUUCUCUGCUUUUUGGCACUGCGAAUGAGUCCCUUAAAACAGAGCCCGUGGAAAUCAUCUUGGCUGCGCUUCAGCAGUCCUUCCGUAACACUUUCGAUGACCGCGAUGCACCUGCCAUCUUCUGUGAAGGCCACGGUCGAGACGCCUGGGGCCCUCAAGUCGAUGCCUCGGGGACUGUUGGCUGGUUCACAACCUUCAACCCCAUUCACGUUUCGGGCGAUUCUCAAUCAGAUCCCCUGGACGCCAUCAGACGAACUAAGGACAUUCGCCGAAAGAUCCCACGCAACGGUUGUGACUACUUCAGCUGCCGGCAUUUCUCACCAGCCGGAAUCGAAUCGUUCAGACACCACAAGGAUAUGGAGAUAUGCUUCAACUACAUGGGUCGCUACCAGCAACUCGAGCGUGACGGUGCUCUAAUCCGGCAAGAGGCUUUGCAGGAUGGCGAAGUUAUCAGCCCUGUUGGCGAAGACGCACGACGCCUCGCAGUGUUUGAUAUUUCUGCUGUUGUAACCAAGGGACAACUUAAGGUUUCGUUCUUCGUUAACCGCACCACGCAACGUAUGGAUAAGAUCCAUAGCUGGGUCUCACAAUUCGAGCAACUAUUGCAAUCCGUCGCUCAACUCCUCAUCAAGGCAUCUACUCAACAAACAUUGAGCGACUUCCCUCUGAUGUCGAUGGAUUAUGAUGGCCUUACCUCAUUUUCUAACACACUCAAUGAAAUCGGAGUUUCCAGUUCGAACGUCGAAGAUCUCUAUCCUGCGUCUGCAAUGCAAGAAGGCAUUCUGAUCAGCCAGGCCAGGGAACCUGACGCUUACAAAGUACGCCAAAUAUUCAAGGUUACCUCAAAUGACCAGUCACUCCCCAUUGAUGCGGCAACCAUUCAAAACGCGUGGCAAAAGGUGGUCAACUUCCACGCCUUGCUUCGAACCAUCUUCUUGGACUCAUUCGACGAAUCUGGGGCAGGCUUCUAUGAUCAACUUGUCCUCAAAGAUUUCCCGGCCGAUGUCCAAAUCCUUCAAUAUGAUGGUGAGGGCGAAGACGUCGUGUCCUUCCUCGAGGAACAGCCAAGCCCAGACUACAGUGAGCGUCGUCCUCCUCACCGCAUCACAUUGUGCGAGGCAACAGACGGCAUUUAUAUGCAUUGGGAAAUAUCCCACUCGCUUAUUGAUGGCACUUCAAUGGCACUUGUCAUGCGGGACUUUACGCUUGCCUUUGAAGACCUCCUACCUUCCGGUACAGGGCCACUAUACAGUGACUACAUUGCGUACUUGAAGAAGCAGCCUGAGUCGGCCUCUUUGGACUUCUGGACCGGUUAUCUUGCAGAUAUUGAGCCAUGCCAUUUCCCAAGCUUGCGGGAUGUGCCACCUAAGGAGAUGUCAAAUGAACAGCACUCAAUAGUUGUGAAUUUGGAUGUUGAGUGUGACCUACAGAAAUUCUGUGAGCAGCACGAAAUAACCGUGGGAAACUUGAUGCAAGCAGCCUGGGGUCUGGUAUUGAAAUCAUAUACUGGAUCAGAUGAUGUUUGCUUUGGAUAUAUGGCAGCAGGCCGCGAUGUCCCCGUGGAGGAUAUUUACAAUGCAGUUGGGCCGUACAUUAACCUCCUGGUCUGCCGAUUAGAUUUAUCAGGAGAAGUCGCAGUGGGCCAACUUUUAGCCAAGCUCCAGGACGAAUAUGUUGACUCACUUCCACAUCAACACACAUCACUUGCCAAAAUUCAGCACGCGUUAGAAAUUCCCGGUCUGGCGCUCUUCAAUACCAGUAUAUCUUUGCAGAGACUACCUCCUCCUGGCCCAGAGCCAAAGAUAGCUUUUGAGGUGGUGGACCAAAUGGAUCCCACAGAGUAUGUUCUCUCGUUGGACAUAACCACUGGAGGAGCUGAAAUUGAAGUCGUCCUGACACAUAUAAUUUCACAUAUCCCUGAGGAUCGCGCAGUUAAUAUUGCUAACACGUUUGGCACUGCCAUCAAAUGUCUAAUGUCGUCUUACGACAAGACCGUAGGCAGCCUCGACCUUGUCAGUGAGGAGGACAAGGAGCAAAUAAGCAUGUGGAGUGGCCUUAGCCCACGACCCGUCGACAGUUGCAUCCACUGGUUGAUUGAGGAGCAAGCUCUCGCUCAACCCUACGAACCAGCCGUGCAAUCAUGGGAAGGCGAUGCAACUUUCACUUAUCACGAACUGAAUCAAGCCGCCGUACGCUUUGCCCAGAAACUGAAAACUUCCGGAGUUGGACCAGAGGUUCUUGUACCUCUCUGUCUCAAAAAUUCUGCCUGGACUAUUGUGGCAAUGUUGGGAGUUCUCAAAGCAGGAGGAGCUUAUGUUAUGCUCAGCCCCAAUGACACUCGAGCCCGCUUGGAAAGUCUGAUCAAAUGUACCGCAGCUUCCGUGGUCAUCACAUCUCCACAGUAUUCCUCACUGUUUUCGGACAUGGGAGUCAACGUCAUCUCCAUAGAUGGUCCUUCCUUCAAGAAACUGCCACCUGCCAAACGCUUUUCGCCAAACAAAACAACUCCCAGGAAUGCUGCCAUGGUUGUUUAUACCUCAGGGAGCACGGGCGCUCCAAGAGGCACUAUUUUAGAACACAGGUCUAUAUGCACAAUGGCAACACGACAUGGACCCACUGUUUCUAUGACCCAAAGAGCAAGUGUGUUGCAAUUCGCUGCCUACACUUCUAGCGUCAGCAACUCGGAGAUCUUGACCACUUUGAUUAACGGAGGGUGUAUCUGUAUCCCAUCUGACGAUGAGAAGACAAAUGAUAUUAGUGGCGCUAUCAGCAGAAUGGACGUCAACUGGGCAUUCCUUUCACCGACUGUUGCUAAACUUGUCAACCCAUCCGACGUUCCGAGCCUCCAGACUCUGGUGCUUGGUGGCGAGCCCGUUACUUCAUCUCUCACCAAGCAGUGGAAAACUGUACAGAUCGUUAAUUCAUACGGUUUAUCUGAGUGCUCCCUGUGGACAUCAAAUGCCUGGCAGAAGAGAAGUGGAGCUGUCUCCCCUUCGAAUAUUGGGAGAGGAAUUGCAUCAAGGUUAUGGAUCGCCGACCCCUCAAAUCACAAUCGCCUUGUCCCAGUUGGCGCUGUCGGUGAGCUGUUAAUUGAUGGGCCACUUGUUGCUAGAGGCUAUCUUGAAACUCCCGAAGCAGAAUCUGCAUUUGUCACGGAGCCAGAAUGGUUCGAAGAAUAUGACGAAACCUCCGAAUCCGAGCCUGCUCAUAUUUUCAAGACGGGUGACUUAGUCCGAUACAGCUCCAACGGGAUGUUAACAUUCGUCGGCCGCAAGGAUUCCAAGGUCAAACUACAUGGUCAAGCAAUCGACUGCAGCGAAAUCGAAAAUCAAGUCGCCAUGGUUCUCCCCGGAUCCCAACAAGUUGCUGUAGAAGUCGUCUCAAUGGCGACACAGGAAGGAAAGCAUACUCUGAUCGCAUUCUUCUCUGAAAACAAGAGCACCGUGCCGAACCUUUCAGGGGAAGGGCUACUCCUACCGCCUUCAGACACUUCCCGGAAAUACUUGAAAUCCAUGCAGGCCGAGCUUGGGAAAGUACUUCCACAGUACAUGAUCCCGACCGUGCUUGUGCCGCUUGGUUCCUUGCCGUUAACUUCCUCGAUGAAACUAAACCGCCGUUCGUUGCAGGAUCUUAGCAGCAACUUCACCGAGGAUCAGCUCGCUCUAUACUCGUUGAGUGAGUCAGCAAAGCCAAAGAAGUCAGCUAUGUCCUCUAAAGGAAAGACGCUCUCCAGUAUCUGGGCCCAGGCUCUUGGCGUCCCGGUUGAGUCUAUUGGAGCGAACGACCACUUCUUCCGUCUGGGAGGUGACUCUAUCACGGCGAUGAAGAUGGUCACCAUAGCCCGGACCCAAGGAUACUCUAUCACGGUGUCGGACGCAUUCCAAAAUCCCCAAUUGUCAGCGAUGUUGAAGGUGUUUAGGAAGCUCAACGAGUCGACUGAACUUUCCAUCAUAGGCUCGGAAGACCCAGAUGUUUUCUCCUUGGUUGAUGGAAAGGCCGACGUCGAACCACUCACCGAGGAGGUGGCCAAGCAGUGCGGUAUCGACAAAGAUUUGAUUGAGGAUAUAUACCCCUGCACACCUUUCCAAGAAGAUUUGAUGGCGGUCGAGACACAUAAAUUGUCAACCAACGUCUCUCGACACGUGUACGAGAUCCCCUCUAAUGUGGAUAUUCCGCGCUUCCGAAGCGCCUGGGAGGUUCUCUUUGCCUCUAGUGCUACUUUAAGAACCAGGAUCGUCAACACGGAGCACGGUCUAUUCCAGGUCGUUUUGAAAGAAAAGAUAUCAUGGCAGAAUGGCGAAUCUCUCGAGCAGUAUCUAAACCAAGAUAAGGAUAUCUCGGUCACAUAUGGAAGUCCGCUCACUCGUUACGCCAUUGUUGGCAAUCCCCGAAAGAGGUUCAUAGUCUGGACCGCACAUCAUAGCGUGUAUGAUGAAUUUACCACACAACUGGUUGCGCAACAGAUUACAUCAAUCUACACAGAGGGCGUCGUUUUAGAGGAAGUCACCUACAACAAAUUCGUCCACUAUCUUGGAGCAGUUGAUCCAAACUCUGUUGGGUCCUUUUGGCGCGCUCAGCUCGCAGAGGAGUCAUCUAGAUACCCGCCACUACCCUCUACUACGUAUCAACCACGGACAAACAACAGGACAGCCCGCACCAUCCGCGCUUCUCGAAUUGACAGUGAGGUUCCACUUUCCAAUAUCCUCCGUGCAGCUUGGGCAAUUGUCCUCUCCGUACAUGGAAACUCUGAAGAUGUUGUAUUCGGUGCUACUCUCCCUGGCCGUUACGCAAAUCUCGAGGGUAGCAUGCAAGUUAUGGGGCCUACUGUCUCCACAGUUCCAGUUCAAAUUAGCUUGGAUCGCUCCAAAUCCGUCUCAGACUUCCUCCGACAAGUCAACAGCCAGGCGGUUGCUAUGAUUCCCUACGAGCACACAGGCUUGAAAAAUAUUCAGCGUGUCAGCAAGGAAGCCAAAGAUGCCGUCGACUUCAAAAAUCUUCUCGUCAUUCGGCCUACUCCCAAACAUGGCUACCCAUCCGAUUUCCUGGGCUUGACUCGAAAGGAUGUUGAUGUGAAAAGUCCUUAUGCCUAUGCCCUUGUCCUAGAAUGCAACUUGGGUGAAAAUUCUGUGGAAGUCCAAGUUGCUUGGGACAGGAACGUUCUCCCGGCAGAGCAUAUCGAGGGGAUAAUGAAUCAAUUCGAGCUCAUCGUCCAUCAACUAAACGAUCUCGACAUGAAUUCCGCUAUGACGGUCGAUCAGAUCGAAACCAUUACCGCCCAGGAUCUCCAGCGUAUUGCAGAGUGGAAUACCGAGAGGCCGCGUGCUUUGGAGGCCUGUGUCCAUAGCUUUUUCGAAGAGCAAGCACUCAAACAGCCCAACGCAUCUGCUGUUGAGUCCUUCGAUGGCAACUUCACAUAUGCCCUGCUCAAUGACAUGGCAACCCGCCUCAGCCAAUUUUUGGUCAGUCGAGGAGUGAAGCUUGAGGACAAAAUUCCUAUUUGCUAUAAGAAGUCGGCAUGGGUUAUUGUGGCUAUGUUUGGUAUCAUGAAGAGUGGAGGAACUUUUGUCUUGCUUAAUCCCGAAAGUCCUGUUGAUCGGCAACGGGGCCUCAUCAACGAUUUGGGAUCCAACAUGGUAUUGUGCGAUUCGCACUCAGCCACGGCCUUCGCUUCGGUGCUCCCAAGUUCAGGGGUCAUUCUCAUGGACGAGGCUUUUAUCCAAAAUCUCCCAGUCGAAAAUAUCGCGCCCGCUAUAGUGCCGCCCUCAAGCGCUGUCUUGGUACAAUUUACCUCCGGCAGUACAGGGAAGCCAAAGGGGAUUGUUCUAGAGCAUAGGUCUGUCUGCACUGGCUUGCUAGCUCACGGUGAGCAAACAGGCAUGGGAACACACACACGUACUUUCCAGUUUGCCUCCUAUACCUUUGAUAACAGCAUUGAGGAAAUUCUCUCCACCCUGAUGCUCGGCGGAACAGUCUGUGUGCCCUCCGACUUCGACAGAAUGAACGAUGUUUCUGGUGCUAUGGCAAGGAUGCGAGUCAACUGGGCAGACCUUACCCCGACUGUUGCUGUCCUCCUCGACCCAAGCAUCAUACCAACGAUGGAGACACUUGUGCUCAGUGGGGAAUCAAUCACCAAGGAAGUUGUCGAACUCUGGGCUGACCAUGUUAAAUUGGUUAACAGCUACGGUCCAAGUGAAUGCACAGUCGCAACAUCUUGCAACACCCGUUUGGCGGAGACAAGGGAUUUCUCUAAUGUUGGCAAAGGCUUUGGAUGUACGCUUUGGAUUGUUGACCCUCAAAAUCACAACCGCCUCGCUCCAAUUGGGUCAAUUGGGGAACUUUUGAUUGAAGGACCCAUUGUCGCAAGAGAAUACUUAAAUGAUCCCGAGAAGACAGCAGCUUCAUUCGUUCGCGAUGUUCCUUGGGCAAAGGAUAUGCCCGGAGACCUUAAAAAGUUCUACAAGACUGGAGACUUAGUUCAGUAUAACGCAGACUCGACUAUCAGCUUUAUUGGCCGACGAGAUAACCAAGUAAAGCUUUACGGCCAGCGAAUUGAACUUGGAGAAAUCGAACAUCAAGUCAAGUUAGCCCUCCCAGAUAGCACGUACCAAGUUGCCGUGGAGGUUCUUACUCCAGAAUCGCGAGGGAAGAACAAGUCUCUUACAGCCUUCUUUUGCCAGGGCAAUUCAACUGCUGUAGGAACCGACAAUCUUAUUUUACCUUCACAGGAUAGCCUGCAGGCCAUGCUUGCAGAGUUGCUAUCCAAGCUCCAGUCUGUCUUGCCAGCCUACAUGAUACCGGCUAUGUUCAUUCCUGUGUCAUAUAUGCCUCUGUCAACCUCCGCAAAGCUUGACCGAAAGACACUUCGCCAAAUGGGAAAUCAAUUAUCUGGUGAAGCGCUUGCCUCGUACUCUGUCUCGAACGUCAAAAGAGGAGCAACGGAGAAGACGACAAACGGCCUCGGGAUUUCGUCCCAACCUCAAACAAAUCCUGGGCUUCCGUCCCAGCCUCGAACAAAUCCUGGACUUUCGUCCCAACCUCAAACAAAUCCGGGCCGUUCGUUCCAGCCUCCAACAAACUUUGCUCCCAACACGCUACAACCUUAUUCACUACUCCCCAAGAAAUGCGAUAUUGCAACUUUACGAAGUGAUGCCGCAAGACAAUGCGGCGUCAGCGAUGAGGACGUCGAAGACAUUUACCCUUGCACUCCCCUUCAAGAAGGGCUGAUGGCUCUGACAGCUCGACGCGAACUCUCCUAUAUUUCUCGAACAAUCUAUCGUUUGCCUGAUAGUAUUGACUUGAAUCGCUUCAGAGACACAUGGGAGCAUGUGGGCCGUACCCAGUCUAUUCUCCGAACUCGCAUUGUCCAAACUGCUUCCCGAACAUUCCAGGUCGUGGUAAAAGAUGGGCCAGAAUGGCAGUCUUCGCCUACAUUAGAGGAAUACACGGCAAAAGACCUCGAGACGCCAAUGACCUACGGAACACCCUUGAUUCGAUAUUGCCUCAUAAAUGGUAGGGACAGCCAGUCUGACUCCUUCUUCGUCUACACCGCCCAUCACUCGGUAUAUGAUGGAUGGAGUGACUCUUCGUUAAUCGAAGGUAUUGAGUUGGCAUAUACACAUGGUGUUGCCAGUCUACCUGAUGUUACCCAAUACAACAAGUUCAUUCAAUUCCUUGAAAAUACCGAUGUUGCCGCUUCAAACAAAUUCUGGCAAAAUCAACUCUCUGGAGGAACUCCGACAAGCUUUCCUCGACUGCUAUCUCCUACAUUUGAGCCAAAGCCUACUAAGGUGCAAUCCCGCAAGCUUGAGCUUCCAAGAACCGGCUCUACGUUCACCCUGACAACCUUGUUAAAAGCCGCAUGGUCAAUGGUUCUAAGUCAAUAUAGUGAUUCGGAUGACGUGAUUUUUGAUCAUGUCUUGUCAGGUCGCAGUGCUCCCGUGGAGAAUAUCGACACUAUGAUCGGCCCCACGCUAUGUACAGUGCCAUUCCGUGUCCGUAUUGACAGGACCAAGAAGGCAGAGGAGUUUCUGUCCGAUAUUCAACUGCAAUCAAUAGAGAUGAUGCCAUUCGAACAAGCAGGCGUUCAAAACAUCCGUCGUCUGCCGGGUGUCGACGCAGGAUCGGGAUCUGGAAACUUGUUCCUUAUUCAGCCAGCCUUGGCAGCGGGUGUUGCAGGUCCACUAGGCAUGGAAAUAAUCCCAACAUCACACGAUGACUUCGAAACUUACGCUCUUCUUCUCGAAUGCCACGUCUCAGAUUCCGGUCCUGUUGAACUUCUCGUCCGAUUUGAUGAGGCUGUGAUCGAUGAAGGGGAAGUCUCCUGGUUGCUGACGCACUUUGAAGUCGCUGCCCGGAACUUGCUGCUUAAUCCGUCUUCGCAACUUAACGAGAUGUCUCUGUUCAGCGAAAACGACAUUCACCAACUUAUGGAGUGGGUUGGCCCUCCCGUCGAAACAUGUGAGGCUUGCGUACACGACUUGUUCAAAACUCAGGCCGAGCUUAACCCAUCCAAGCAAGCUAUACGCUCAUGGGACGGGGAUUUCACGUACGGCCAAUUGGAUUCCCUAUCAACCCUCAUCAGCAGCCAUCUUCGGAGCAUUGGAGUACAACAGAACUCAUACGUCCCGUUGUGCUUCAACAAAUCAGCCUGGGCUAUCGUUGCCAUGUUAGCAGUCUUGAAAGCCGGAGCUGCAAUUGUCAUGCUAAAUCCGGAGCACCCAGUUGCACGUCUCAGGGAAAUCGUCGAGGAGACCGGGGCAAAUGUUAUCCUAGCUGGACUAAAAGAGGCUGCAAUCGUCAAAGAUCUCGCUGAUUCCGUCUUACCCGUUGAUUCAAGCCUCGUAGUUCGAUUUGGACCAGUGCCUACGAUAGGGAAGCUCUUCGUGAGCCCCAGAUCUCCAGUAUAUGUCGUUUUCACUUCUGGAAGCACGGGCAAGCCCAAAGGGGUUGUCAUCGAGCACAAGGCUUUCGUUACAAGUGCUCGCCACCAUUCCAAGAUGAUAAAGCUGAAUUCAAGCUCCCGGGUGUUACAAUUUGCAGCCUACACUUUCGACAUCAGUAUGGCCGAUAUCUUCUCAACUCUCAUUGUUGGUGGGACGGUAUGCGUUAUUUCCGAUACUGACAGGACGAAUAAUCUGGUCCAGGCCAUCAACAACCUAGACGCCAACUGGGCCUGCCUGACUGCAACUGUGGCUGGUCUAUUUCAGCCUUCGGAAGUCCCGAGCUUGAAAACUCUAACUCUUUGUGGCGAAAGUCCGACUGAGGGCAAUGUAUCGACGUGGGGAGGAAAGGUUGAGUUUGUGAAUGCAUACGGUCCUGCCGAAGCUUCAGUCUAUUGCUGCAUCCAAUCAAACGUACUCGCAACCACAAGCCCAACGAACAUUGGAACAGGAAGUGGGUUGAGGGUGUGGAUUACUGAAAAAGAGGAUCCUCAAAAGCUGGUCCCUGUUGGAGGUGUGGGAGAGAUGUUGAUUGAGGGGCCUAGCUUGGCACGAGGCUACCUAAACGAUGCUGGGAAAACUAGGGCGGCCUUUAUCGAGAAUCCUCUUUGGAUGCAGAAUUACCCUCAAAUCGGAGGAAAUCGUCGACUUUACAGAACUGGCGAUAUGGCCAAGUAUAAUUUUGAUGGAACAGUCGAGUUUUGUGGACGCAGAGACAACCAGGUGAAGUUUAACGGACAACGGCUGGAAACCCAGGAAAUCGAGCAUCAUAUUAGGUCUCGACUCGACCGUUUGGACAUUACUGUCGAUGCUAUUAACCUAGCAUCCCAAAACGACAAGAAGAUUCUAGUCGCCUUCUUCUAUCAUCCAGAUAACGUAUCAUCGGAGUGGACCGCAGACGAGCUCGCUCUCAGCUUGAGCGAUACCACACAGAACAUGUUUGUUGAUUUACGAUCCGAUCUUCUCCGCUCGAUACCUUCGUUCAUGAUUCCCUCUCUCUUCAUUCCGCUGAGGGGGAUGCCGAUCAAUACCUCUUUCAAAUUGAAUCGAUUGGUGCUCCGGCAAUUGGUCAACGGCCUCAACAAUGCAUCAUUCCGAAGCUAUGCCCUUGUCGAUGCCGAAAAGAAGGCGCCUUCGACCGCGCUAGAGAAGCAGCUUUCCAGUCUCUGGGCCAGCGUCUUAGGCACUCCACAAGACUCGAUCGGAGCCACCGACAACUUCUUCCAACUUGGAGGCGAUUCUAUUUCCGCAAUGAAACUUGUCGGCCGCUUGAGAUCAGCCGGUAUCUCAAUGACCAUCGUUGACAUUUUCGAACACCCGAGAAUUGUAGAUGCAGCUACCUUUAUCACUACAAACCGCUCUCUCGUUACGGGUGCCCCAGCCAGAGAUAUUUCGCCCUACAAGCCCUUCUCGAUUGUUGGGAAUGCCAACUUGGGUGCCUUCCUCCAAAAGGUAUCCGAGAAGGCUGUUGUUGAAAAGAAUAACAUCGUGGAUGUCCUACCUACAACUACAUCUCAAGAUAUAGCCCUAGUUGGAGGCCUAACAGAUUCUCGCUGGAUGUUGAACCACUUCUACUUCGACGGCAAUGGACCAGUCGAUAUUGAACGAGUCCGACGAAGUUGCUUCAAGCUUGUCCAGAGCCUCGAAAUCCUUCGCACUGUUUUUAUCCUUCAUGAAGGCAGAUUCUUGCAAGUCGUUCUUGAAUCACUCGCCCCUAAGUUCUCGGUCUAUGAAACGGAUGGCGAUAUCGACGUUUUCGCCCAACGCCUCUACGAAGACAGUUUCAACCGCGACAUUCCCCUCGAGCAGCCUUUAAUCCAGUUCACCGUUAUCAAGCAACUGUCCUCUUCGAAGCACCGCAUCACCAUGCGCCUGUCACAUGCGCAGUAUGACGGUGUAUCUAUAUCUGGUAUCUGGGAGACUCUUAUGGCUGCUUUCAAAGAACAAUCUAUGCCACAAGCACCUGGGUUCUCUCGCUAUGCCUUCCUGUCUAACGUAGUCAGCGCGAAGGCGGCCACGAAGAAUCACUGGACGAAACUUCUUGCGGGUUCCAGCAUGACAAGUCUUGUUUCUCGCCAAGCGCCUGAGCUGCGCAAACCAUCAGAUAAGGUCGCAACGCUGACGAGGGCCAUUCGGCCCGCAGCUCUUUCCACCCCAGGACUGACAUUUGCAACAACCGUCAAAGCUGCGUGGUCUCUUACCCUUGCAAAUUUGUCGUCCAAGCCAGACGUUGUUUUCGGAAAUACUGUUAACGGUCGAAGCUUGCCUAUCGACGGGGUCGAGGAUAUUGUCGGUCCUUGCCUGAACAUUGUACCAGUCAGAGUCACCUUGCAGUCAGACUGGAAGAUAAUCGACCUUCUAAAGCAUGUGCAAAGCCAGCAGCUUCUCAGCACACCUUUCGAAUCGAUGGGUUACCGUGAUAUAUUCAAAAAAUGCACAAGCUGGCCGAAAUGGACAUACUUCAGCAGCAUUGUGCAGCAUCAAAACAUUGGCCCCAACGAGCCGAUCAAACUUGAUGGCACCACCUACGAACCUGGAUUCAUGGGAACCGAUCUCGACCUAGUGGACGUUUCUAUCGUCUCCACGCCCCUUGAGGAUGGUUCAAUGGAAAUCAGUCUCAAUUACUCACACAACAUUCCUUCAGAACUCGCCGAGGAGCUACUCGAAAUGUUAUGCGAAUACACGAUGAGCUUUUCCUCGAACCCGAACGCUCCUCUGCCUAAUCCAUCUGCUAUCACUCAGCAGAAGCAAGUCAUUCCGCUCGCACCUAAAUCCCCUGGAUCCGUUGCAAGCUCACGCACAUUUGAGUCGCUCGAGCCUAAAGAGGCAGCGGCACUCCAGACGGUCUUGAAGGGAGCAUGGAGCGAGGUUUUGGAGAGCCCUUCAGAGAUCAAAUUGGAAUCUUCGAUCUUCGAAUUGGGCGGUGAUGUUGUAAACGUUGCACAGCUGGCAGUCCUAUUGAGGGCGAAGAGCUUUAGUGUCAGCGUGGAAGACCUUGUCCGAUUCCCAACUAUAGAGGGACAGGUCGAAUUGCUCUCUCCACAGGUUGGAACGGCAAAGCAAAUUUUGGGAUAG